AAUAGAAAAUCAAAUUCACAUAAGAAGAAAUUAUAAUCAAGAGAGUUUAUAACAUGACAAUUUUUGAAAAAUUGUUUAUUUUUUUCUUCUUUGCUAUUGUAUCCAGCAUUGUUCUAGUGGAUGCCACUUUUAGCAAAAGCAUGAACAUAACAUGGGGUACUCAACAUGCAUUACUUCAGGGUGAUGAUCUUCAACUUGUGUUGGAUAAAACCUCAGGAUCUGCAGCUGAAACAAAGGUACCAUUUUUAUUUGGAACCAUUGAAUCAAGAAUCAAAUUGGUGCCUGGUAACUCUGCUGGAACAGUUACAGCCUACUAUCUAUCAUCCACAGGAAACCAACAUGAUGAGAUAGAUUUUGAGUUCUUAGGAAACAUUACAGGACAACCAUACAUUGUUCAUACAAACAUAUACACACAAGGAAAUGGAAGUAGGGAGCAACAAUUUUACCUUUGGUUUGACCCAACUGCUAAUUUUCACAACUAUAGUAUCCAUUGGAAUCCCACUGAAAUUGUGUGGUAUAUUGAUAGCAUACCAAUUAGGGUAUUCAGAAACUAUGAAAAUGAGGGCAUUGCAUACCCAAACAAGCAAGGAAUGAAGGUUUAUACAAGUUUAUGGAAUGCAGAUGAUUGGGCCACUAGAGGUGGACUUGUUAAAACAAAUUGGAGUGGUGCACCAUUUGUAGCCAAAUUUAAUCGUUUUAGGGCAAGAGCAUGUACAUGGAAUGGGGCAGUGAGUAUUAACCAAUGUGCUUCUAAUACAUCUACAAAUUGGUGGACUUCUCCAACUUACAAGAAAUUGGGUUUUGCUAAAUUGGGCCAAUUGAAUUGGGUUAGAAAUAAUUAUAAGAUCUAUGAUUAUUGUCUUGAUACAAAAAGAUUCAAUGGACAAUUGCCUUCGGAAUGUUCCAAGGCACAAUUCUAAACAUGAAAAUGAAUGACUAGUUAGUUUUUGGUCAGAUUUGACUUAUUUUGUUGUUGAAUUUUUGAUUGUCAGAUAGUUUUUCUUGAAAAUCGAAAGGUUAAGACAACAAAAAUGACAAGCUAGUUGAAACGA